CCGCAUCCUCGGGUGCCGCAUCCCUGGGUACUACAUCCCUGGGUGCCCCAUCCCUGGGUACCGCAUCCCGGGUGCAGUGCUCGCGGUACCCAUGGCGUGCGCGGAGCGCUGCCGCUGCUGCGCGGAGAGCAGGCGUCACGGCAGCAUCCUUUACAGCAUCCUCCGGAGCGAGGAGCGGGCGGCGUCGCCGGCGGGUCCGAGGCGGUGGCAGACGUCCCGCGGGUGCCCCUGCGGGUCGCGGCGGCGGCUGUCCCUGCGGAGUCCGCAGGUGGCUUGCAAAGCGGCUUCGGCCGUUCUGGUGAAGACGCUGCGCUUCGUCCAGAACGUCCCGUGCUUCCAAGAGCUGCCCCUGGACGAGCAGCUCCUGCUGGUGCGCGGCUGCUGGGCGCCCCUGCUGGUGCUGGGGCUGGCGCAGGACCGAGUGCACUUCGAGACGGUGGAGAGCGCGGAGCCCAGCAUGCUGCAGCGCAUCCUCAGCACCCGGCGGCAGGGCGAGCCGCCCCCGGGACGGGCUCAGCGCGGCGCCCACCUGCUCGCGGCCGGAGAGAUCCAGACCAUCAAGGGCUUCCAGGCCAAGUGCUGGAACCUGGAUAUCAGCACCAAAGAGUACGCUUAUCUCAAAGGGACGGUGCUCUUCAACCCGCAUCUACCUGGACUACAGUGUACACAGUAUAUAGAGGGACUGCAGAGGGAAGCACAGCAAGCUCUAAAUGAACAUGUCAGACUCAUUCACAGAGGUGAUGAAGCCAGAUUUGCCAAGCUGAAUGUUGUUCUAUCCUUGUUGAGAUCUAUUAAUGCUAAUGUGAUUGCUGAACUAUUCUUUAGACCCAUCAUUGGAGCAGUGAACAUGGAUGACAUGCUUUUGGAAAUGCUUUGUGCAAAAUUAUAAAGGUGUGUAAAAAAAUAAAAAUAAAUCCAAUACAAUGAAAGCCCUAGAGCAGAAUAGUGUAAAGUACUGUAAAUAAAUUAAUUUAUUGUUUUUACAUAGAUAGUAUUUUUGUACUUCAUAAUAAAAUAUUCUUCAAGUUCUUAAGUUAAUUUUUAUUAACACAGUGGUUUUUUGAAUAAGAUUACAGUCAUCAAAACAAGCUUUAAAAGGUUGUGGAGAGUGUUCGUAUCCAAAGUUGGGUGACUGGUCUUUUAACAUGUCUCUGAAUAAAGCUUACUUACACAGUAUAAACUUACUAUAUUGUGCUUUCAAGGUAAGCAAUCCCUGCUUUUUCAAAUUAAACAGCAGUUUAUGUUUACAUUUUAAACAUAGUUGGCAUACAGAAGGAGGAAUGAACAAGCCAUUUACUUUGCAUAUUUCAGUGAUAAUAAAAUAGGAUACUUUAGCUGCAAUUCCACCCAUAGUUCAAACAGUGGCUUCAUCAAAGGCUUACUGUCAGUGAACUACUUCUAUUGACUUUAUCAGAGUUGAAAUCUAUAAAAAAUAUUGAAGAAAAAAAUCACUUAAGAUAUUCUCCCAUAUGGGGAAAAUGUGUUAGGAACAUAUUGAGACUUAAAAGUAGUUUGGUCAACUCUAAUUUAACUUGCAGUAAAAUAUUCCAUUCGACACAUGUUGGGCUCCAGGAGAAUAAAAUAAUUGUAACUGCCAAAACAAGAAGCAAACAAAAAUCCCUCUAAAAAUAUCCUAAGAGUAAAUACUGAAUGAGAUCAGAACAAUUACUGAUGUGCACUUCACGCUUUUCUUUGUUUUUAUUCUGAGUAAUUGCUUACCAGG